AUGGGACCUUCGGACUCUAACAAUUGGGAAGCAAUGCUACCGAACUUUCCAUCGUAUGAAAAAUAUAAAGAAUUAAAUAAUGGAAGCAAUUUAACUGAUGAAAAGGGGGACUGCACAAAAAUUCCAACUUCCAAGGAUGGGAUUAAAGGAUUUUGUAAAAAGGUAUUAAAAAACUUAAGAGCUAUAUCUGAUUUGAAAGGUGAUGAGAAUCGUAAAUCCAGUUGUUAUUAUUUUCAGCAUUGGUUCUUUGAAGAAUUAGGGAAAAAUUUUACUAUUACGAAUGCUAUGGAUACCGAUGUUGUUAUUGCUAGUUUUUUUGAUUUAAUAACAGAAAUUAGUUUAAAUGAUUUGAAGGAGGAUGCAUGCAAAUGUUAUCCAUCAGGAAAUGUAAGUGUUUGGAAAAAAGAAAAAGAUUUGCAUGAUUAUUUUGAAAAUUUUGAUCGGAUUAAUUGCGAAAAGUCUAGUAUUGAUGAAUGCCAAAAAUAUAUAGAGCUUGUUACCUAUAUUUCUCCAAUAUAUAUUGAAAAAGAAUAUAACUGUUGUUAUGAUGGAGACAUUGAGUAUGAUUACUGUAAAGCUUACAUUAGAUGUGAAGAAAAGUACAAUCCCUCUGAAUUAUUAACUAAAUUAAAAGCACAGCUUCAGGUUUUAGAAAAACAGGAUAUACCAGUAGUUCCAGUUGAGAUAACUGUAACGCAACAGUCAGCUGGGUCUUCUCAUUCGAUUGGUGGUACUCAUGUUGAUAUGUCAGAAUCAGCAAGACAUUCUUCUGAAGGUACUAAAGAAUAUCAAAGUAUGACUUUUAAAAUCGGAGAAGAAGCAGUAAACACCUUACAUAACACUGAACCUACACCAAGUGAAGUGAAUACUAAUUCUUUUAAUUUUAUUUUAACAAUAUAUAAUAUGAUGAACUCAAAUAGUUUCUAUCGCUUUAUAAUAGUUUCUACAGUACUGUUACGUGAAACAAAAUCCAUGAAAAAAAAGUUUGCAAAUAAUUACUAUAAUGACAUAAAUGAUGAUUUAUCAGAUUAUGAUUCGGAACAUAUAUUAUUAGAUUCUGGAAGAAGGUUACAUUAUUUUAUUCCUCAUACCAUUUGA